AUGUGGAAGGUCUCUCCAUUCGUGCUUCUGGCGCUCCUUUCCUGCGGGGAGGGCGAUGCACUGAAGAUAAAAAGGAUGGGACAAACUGAUCCAGUUACAAUCAAUAUGGCAAGCCAGGCCCCGGACCCGACCGCCGAAGCCGCCGCCAGGUUUCUGAAUCUCUCCCCCGAUGCAAAUAACGAUACGCUGCUUUCUUCCGAAUGUGAUGAGGACGGCUGCGUAUUUGUAGGCAGUGGCUCUGGUUCAUUGGCAGAGAGGUCCCAGGCGAAGAAGCGUAAAAAGAGGCUGAAGAAACUGAGAAAAGCACGAAAAAAGGCUGAGAAAGAAUACAUGGAAGAUCACAGCGAGGAAGAACUCAAAAUACUUGAGGAACAAGCAAUUGUAGAUGCGGUUACACAGAGCAAUGCAGAAUCCAAAGGCGCGGUGUCAGGCGAAGGUGCAGAUGAGACCUCCACUUCCUGA